AUGAGACAAGCAAAUCCAUUUCUUAGAAUUUUUACGACCUUGGGAACAUCAGGGAAAAUAAUUCCUAAAGCAAAUCCUAGAUUCCAUUCAGCACAUAAAGUGCAACUAGAAAGUACAAAAACCCAACUUUUUUGCAUUUUCACUAGAAUAAAACUAAGCGUGACUUUGCCUUCUCAUUGUUUUAUGCCAAUUGUGAAUAAGCAUACGGUAAUUUUUUGUCUGCCACACCACCUUCAUUUAUCGCAAUAUACAUAUAAUCAAGGGAAUAACAAUUUGGCUUUUGCUUCACCACAAUGCCCGAAAAAAGGAAUUUACCUACCGAAACACCUAAUAUUAUCAAAGUUAACUUAUAUUUUAUGCAGCAAUUUAAAUGAAAAAAAUACCACCAGGAGAAGGGUGAAAUCAACUGAUCAGCUAGAUAAUCCAACACCUAUACUAUCAUGUUUGGGUGUCCUUGCUUCUCCAGCUGAGAAAUUACAGGAGUCCCUCAAGUCUCAAAAAGUCCGUCAUUGUACAGGCAAUUAUCACUAUUUACAUUUAAACUGUAAAAGGUAUCCUUUGGUUUUUAAAGUGGUUAAUUUUGAGGCUGAAUGUGGAAAUGAAAAACGGUGGAAAUUUUUUGGGAGGAAAAUAUUCUUGAUGCCAAAAGACGAUUCACAGAAAAUCUACGUUGACCCGCUGUGUCAAUCAGGUUCAAGAAAUCCCUGGUCCUUAAGCACACUACAACAACUACCACCAGAAUGUUUUUCAGAUUUCCUCCCAAAAUAUCAGCCAGGAGAACGAAAAAACCCAUUUCAUGUGCAUUUUAUGUAUGCCAAAAUAAUCCAAAUCCCACCUCAUAUUAUUUUUUCCCCAACUUUUAACUUGGUCAUGUUUUUGAGGUGA